AUGUCAAUUUGACAAUUUAACUUUGUGAAUUUCUAUAUUUCUAGAUCUGUUGAAAAUUUGCGUUCAAAUUAAAUAUAAUAAAAUGUCUUCACAAAUGUCUGCUAUUGAACUCCUGAAACUAGGUAAUCAGGGAAGAACAAAGCCAUUUUUAAAUGAAUACUGGCCACAAAUAUUGGGAGUAGCAUUCGGUGUAGGAGCCGCAACAGCAAUCAAUUUCGGCACACGACGUCCACCAUUCAGCGGUAUACAAAAGCAUGUUCUAUUGGCUGGUGGAAUAACUGCUUUAUUAACAUAUGUACAGAAGAAACGAGAUGAAUAUUUUGCUGAGAAAGAUGCUGUAUACAGACAUUAUGUUGAAUUGCACCCAGAAGACUUCCCAGAGCCAGAAAGAAAGAAAAUCGGUGACAUUCUUGAACCUUGGGUCCCAGUUCGCUAAAUGAUAUAACAAUAGACUUGAUCAACUAGUGCAAAUAAAUAUGUUAAUGUAAUUGUUUUAAUAAAUAAUUUAAAUAUA